AUGGGAGACCUAUGGUUGUUCCUGCUCCUGCCCCUGUCCCUGGCAGCCUUCCAUGGGGUCAAAGGCUGCUUGGAAUGUGACCCCAAAUUCAUAGAAGAUAUUAAGUCCUUGCUGGCAAAGCUGGUACCCUCAGAAAUCCCUGGCCAAACUCAUCUGCUUGAACGGCAGAUUAAGGAGAUGAUCAAUUUAAGCUUCAAGGUCUCCCACGGGAACAAGAUGCUUCGGGUGUUGGCUGUUGAAAAGGCUGUCAAUUUGAGAAUAUGGCUGAAGAAUGAACUUUCUAAACUGGGCAAUGAAACAUGGAAAGGUGGCUUUAUCCUUCAAGGCAAGCUUCUCGAUGUCCGCCAAAACCUGGAAUCCAAACUGAAAGAAAUAUUAAAGAAGUUCUCUGAAGUUGUUGUGAUUGAAGGUCCCAUCUUGGAUUGUUGGACCUGUCUUCGCAUCACUACCCGAUGCUUCAAAGGAGAGUAUUGUGGAGAAGAGGAUUCAAGGAAGCUUGAAAAUCAAGAAAUUGCACUAUUUCUGAUAUUGCUAGCAGAAGCUGUAAUAUUGGGAAGUGCUUUGUUACUAUUCCAUAUUUUUGUCACUCAUCGGAGGAAAAUGAAGGCAAUACGAAGGUCAUUAAAGAAAUAUUUGGAGAAGAAACUUGAAGAAUUAAUGGGGAUGACAGACGAGAAGGAUAAGGAAGAUUUUGGAAUAAGAAAAUAAAUACAU